AUGGCUAAGAAAAAGAGUACUAAAAACAAAUCGAAAUCAUCAAAGCCUAUAACUAACGCAAGCUCGACUGUUGCGAAAGCAAUUAAUACAGAUAUGAUUGCAGCUGCAUUAAGUACAGUAAACCAACCUAUUUUUAUGAAAGUUUGCCGACUAUGCGAGGCUAAAGAUGGCCCUUUUCUUAAUAUUUUCGACUCUGAAAAGAUAACUGCUAAGAAAAUUGAAGAGUUAAUGCCGUUCUGGAUUGCAGAGAAUGAUGACCUGCCCCAUAAAAUCUGUUUUCGGUGUUCGGCGAAAGUGGAGGAGCUAUAUGAAUUCGUAAAUAAAUGUGUUAAAACACAAGAAAGUUUGCGAAAGGCUUUAGGAAAGAAGGAACCCCUUCCUGUGAAAACGAAGACAAGGGCUAUUUGGGAGGAGAAGUUAAAUAAGUCGAAUAUGUCUAAUGAUGAUAUUUGCGACGCUCUAAUAAAGAAAGCCAUGGAGGGCAUUGUUGAAAUUCCUAAACCUUUGCUUACAAAAGAAAGUGAUAAAACUCGUUCAUCUACGAGAGGUUCCAAAAAUACCGAUAUCAAAACGGAAGUUGGGAAGCAAUGUAAGUCGGACUGUUCUGAAAACGAAGAUGAUGUAACUUUAGAUGAAAUAAAAAUGAUUAAAAAUGAUGGAAAUGGUAAAACGAAGUCGCGUUUGAGUCAUAGUGAAACAACUCAAAACGAACUUCAACAUAAUGUAGUUCAGGCACCACAUACUAGAAGGAAUGCAAGUAAACAAAAACUAAUAGCAGAAAAAACUGUACAAAAAGAUACAAAUACUGAUGAUAACAAAUCAGAUAAUAAUGCAAAUAAAAAAGAUGAUUCAAAAUCUAAAUCUAGUGAAAAUGCUAAACCAUUUGAUAUUAUGGAUCAUGUUAGCAUGAUCAAAGUAAAUGGCGUUGGAGUACUAUUUCAAUGUAAGUUAUGUAAUAGAAACUUUUUGAAAAAAGAAGUUGUUAUUUCACAUGGUUGCGCAAAAACCGGCGUACCCAAAGUUGAUAUAUGUAAAAUGUAUAUUCCACCUGCGCCACCAAAGGUCACAACAAUUAAAUACAUAAAUUCAAGAAUAGGUGGAGAUAUUAUAAAUACAAUUGCCGACGAAAACAAAUCUUUACAGGAAAAUGAAACUAUUAAAACUACUGCCAUUACACCGAGUGUUAAAAGAAAAAUUGGUCCAGCUAGUAAAAUUGGACGACGCGUUGAUGAUUCCAAUACUGCUAGUGAAACAUUACAGCCUUCUAAAGAAUGGCUUGAAAUAGCCGUACCGUCUGACAAAGCGCAGCAAUCGUCAAAUAUACAAAUGCCAUCUGUCAAUUUUCCCACGGUUCCAUCUCUUAACAGUCGGUAUAAACUUAUUCGUGGACCAAAUAAUACAUUUACAUUAGUUGAAGAUACUAGUUCUGAAAUGGAGUCAGCUCCGUCAGAGAAACGUAGAAAAAGCGAAUCCCCUGAAAUAAUUGACCUUGAUGCAUCGCCUGUCAAUGCGACGAAAAAUACCAAUCAAAAUUCCAAAAAAACUAACACAGGGAAAUCAGCUAGUCGAAUUGCUCACAACGCGAGUAAACAAACACCACAGACGGAAUCAUCUUCUCGGAAUCAACCAUAUCCAGUAGGCUUGUUUCAAACAGUACCUCACCAUUCUGCUUCUUUCAACCAAACAUCUGACGCUGACCAAGUGCCAUUUACAACUCCUGCUAUGAAGAAGCAAUCUUAUACAAUUGUCCAAACUGGAAAUCCAAGUAAGUUAUUAAUAUCGACGAAACCCCAACAAGCUGUCGAUGAAGUGCCGAAGAAAAAGCAAAGAAAACAGAAACACACACCUGAUGACAGUUCCAAAGAACCGUUUUCAGUUGUUUUAGAGGACACGGCACCUCCAAAAGACCCAGGUUUUUUUACCUUCAUAAAUGUUGAUCCGUUACUUCAGCCGUCAUAUGUGCUACCGACGGAUAAUAUUAUUCAAGAAUCACAAAUAACCACGUCGACGCCUGUCGCAAAUAAAGAACCGGAAAGUAGCAAAGAUAAAGACAAAGAUAAAUAUACAUGUAAUUUGUGCGGCUCAAGAUUUAACAGAGAAAAGAAAUUAAAUGCACACAUUUAUUCCCAUUAUAAUGUAGAGGAGGAUCAUUCACAAGAGGAGAAGCCUUCAAGAAAACGAACUCGAAAGUAA